AGAAAUACUGCCAAGGUCGUAAAAGUCGUCUGCUCAAAAUCGCUCCAUAUCCAGAGAUAACCAUAAUCUUAAGGUUUUUGCUUUAACAAUUGGAGAUAAUUCAAGGAAUUUAACUCAACAUGACAACACGAGCGGUACUUGGUUCCAAAGACGUCAACGCCCCUGUAACCACAGUGAAGACAAUGAGUAAACUACCAAUGCCGUCAAAGCUGCGUCUGCCACAGACAAAACGCCCUCUAAUCAUAGAUGAUAAUGUUGAGAAUUCCGGUGCACCUCAAGCUAAGAAGCGAUGUCCAGAUACUUCAACCAGCCACACCCUGAAUCCUCUACGGUCAAAGGUCACAAAUGGAGUGUCAAAGGUCAACCGCUUAGGAGUGACCUCCAAGCCAGUUGCUAAACCAACAAAGUCAACUGUCACUGCUCGAAACCCUCCACCGAGAAAUGUAAGACCAGUAGUAAAGGCUAAACCUACUACCACAUCUAAACCUAGCAAUACAAGAAAUGUUGUGAAUCCACCAGUGAGAAAUGGUGCAAGAACAGCACAGGCAAGGCCAAACACUGUCAACAAUAAAUCAAACGAUGCUGCCAAGAAAACCAAACGUCCCGUCUGGGAUCUGAAAGGUCGUCUUGCGGAUAUUGAGAGCCAACUUGAAAGUCGUACAGCGGCCAAUAAUCAACUCAUUCAAGAAGUGACCAGUAAGAGUGGAGAUAAUCAGACGUUGGAGGUGAUGAACGGUCAGAUGAAGGAGGAGUUGAAGAGGAAGGAAGGUAGUCUGGUAGAAGCUAACGCCACUGUGGAACAAUUGGAGAAGAAAAUCAGAGACUACGAAGAGGAACUGCUGACUUCAACACGUCGCUUCCAGCGAGAAAGAGAUGACCUCAUAUACACUAAGGAUCAGCUGGAUCGACAGUUGGUUGAUACAAGGGGUGACUUAAGCGCAUCAAGACAAGAAUGUGCCGGGCUUAAAUCGUCUAUUGCUCAACUAACUGCUGCUCAAGCUGGUGUUAACGCUGAACUGUCUGCAACCAAGCUUCAUUUAGAAAACUCGAUGAAGGAGUGUGAAUCUCUGAAGGGUGAGAUAACUGGACUGAAUGCUUUGGUUGCAGACCAAAAGGUUACAAUAGCUACACAUGAAAGCACAAUCAGGGACCACGAGACGUCAAGACGUAAACUGCACAACACUAUUCAAGAGUUAAAGGGCAACAUUCGUGUGUUUUGUCGGGUUCGUCCUCUUCUUGGGAAAGAGCUCUCUGACGGAGCUGAAAUCAGCCACAUCCAGUUUGACGGCACAGAGAAUAAAAUGAUCUCACUAGCUGACAACAAUCUCAAUGAGAGCUGUGCAGGACGAUCAUCAUCCGGGAAGAAAUUUGAAUUUUCCUUUGACAGGAUUUUUGAGCCAUCCACGAGUCAACAAGAAGUUUUUGAUGAAAUCUCUCAACUUGUCCAGAGUGCCCUAGAUGGAUAUAACGUGUGCGUCUUUGCGUACGGUCAGACCGGCAGUGGCAAGACCUUUACCAUGGAAGGACCAGACAACCCUGAUGACGACACUGUUGGGAUGAUCCCAAGAGCUGUUGGGCAGAUCUUCCAAUCUGUCCAAGAACUGGAGAAGAAGGGCUGGAAGUACACCAUGGACGCCAGUUUCUUGGAGAUCUACAACGAGACGGUGCGAGAUCUCUUAGGAGCUGGUGAUGACAAAAAGAAGUGUGAGAUCAAGAUGGCCACUUCCAAAGGGACUGACGUCGAAGUCACAAACUCUACUACAGUCAGGGUGACGUCACAAUCACAGGUACAUAGUCUACUGGCAAAAGCGUCUCAUAAUAGAGCUGUGGGGGCGACAAACUGCAAUGAGCGUUCCUCAAGGAGUCACAGCGUCUUCCGUCUGAAGCUCACUGGUAGGAACGACUUAACGGAUGAGACUUGCCAAGGAACCCUUAACCUGGUCGACCUGGCCGGUAGUGAGCGUCUCUCACAAUCCGGAUCAACCGGUGACCGUCUACGAGAGACAAAGAAUAUCAACAAGUCGCUGAGCAACCUUGGGAAUGUGAUCAUGGCCCUCGCCAAUAAAGACUCCCAUGUCCCCUUUAGGAAUAGCAAGCUUAGCUAUUUGUUGCAAAACUCACUAGGAGGAAAUUCUAAGACCCUGAUGUUCGUGAAUGUGUCGCCAAAUGAAGAUUCUCUCCAAGAGUCUUUGUGUUCACUCCGCUUUGCCACUAAGGUCAACCAAUGUAAUAUUGGGACAGCCCAAAAGAAAGUGAAGUGAGAGGAGUCAAGCCCCUAGUACAGAAGAUACGUUCGUACCUUUCUGUUUGCUUUCUUCUUUUUACUUUUGUAAAUUGUAUCAACAAGUUUCAGUCAGUUUUCCUUGUGGUUUAUUAUUUGAUAUCUGAAGUAAAACGUCACAUCCCUUUCAGGUGAUCCCUCUGCUGAUGCGUCCCAUGUUGUAUCGUAAACUUCACAUCCCUUAAGGUGAUUCCUCUGCUGAGGCUUCUCAUGUUGUAUCGUAAACUUCACAUCCCUUAAGGUGAUCCCUCUGCUGAUGCGUCCCAUGUUGUAUCGUAAACUUCACAUCCCUUAAGGUGAUUCCUCUGCUGAUGCGUCCCAUGUUGUAUCGUAAACUUCACAUCCCUUAAGGUGAUUCCUCUGCUGAGGCUUCUCAUGUUGUAUCGUAAACUAGGGUGUGAUCCUUGGCUACAUGGCAGUUACAGGUUGAAUAAUGGCUUCUGACUGGAAAUUAGACCCAUACCUGAAGCAGUGUGCUGUAAGAGUUAAUAUCACAGAGUUGUUGCCAUCGUUCAAUAAAUCAUAAGCGUGGAUUCAAGUUUACUAAGACAAAAUCAAAUUGUCCUAUUUUUUAAUGGGUCACUGCUUAUAGUUACCACUUGUAUAUAUUUUGUAAAUCUGUAAAUACUGCAUGUAUUUGCCUUUUUUUAGUUAAUGACUUAUUCCGAAUUUUGAUUUUAAAAAACGAUUUUUAUGGAGUGAAAUAUAAGAAUACAAGUUCAGCUAGACAAUUAUUGUUAUUCUGUUAAUAUUGUAAUUUAAAUUUAAUAGACUAGCUUGUUUUAAUUAUCAUUUUAAAAGGGAGGGUACGGUGUACUUUUGGUCAUUUCUCAAAAAGUUUAUGACCAGGAACAUUGACUUGGUAAACAGCACUAGAGACUGGAGCUGUUUACUUUGUACAUUAUAAAACAUUGUUAGAAACAACCCUCUUUGAAAAUGUAGUUUUAUAGAAAAAGGUAAUGUUUCACAAAAAGUUGAAACUCAGAAAGACCCUGUCUCGGGCAUCUGCAUGCAAUUCUAUGCAGCGAGGGUGUUUUUUCUUGCAAGUUCUAUGACCAAUUGAGCCAAUAUUCACAUGUUUGUUAUUUAAAGCAUGCGUUGGGAAACCCCAAGUGAGAAUACUGGUCUUUGACAACCACCAAAAGUAUCCCCUGCCUUCAAACACACUCGGCUGUAUAUAUUGCCCAGUAAAAGAUGCAGUACCUCUAGGCAUGAUCAUGUGAGAAUAAAAUCCCAAGCUCUCC